AUGAAUGUUGAUCAAAGACAAUUGUUCAUUCUUAUCACAGAGAGUAUCAAGAACCAACUCAAUGGUGACACUAAACAAGAGAAAAUCUUCGUUUCUGGUGGAGCAGGAACCGGGAAAACAUUCCUCUUUAAUCUAUUGAAAAAUCAAGUGAACCGAUGUUAUAGUAAACCGGUGGUAAAAGUUGGUGCUCUAACUGGAGUUGCAGCACGGUUGAUCGGUGGAUCUACGCUACACCGUAUGCUAAAACUACCAGUACAAAAAGAAGGAGGAGUUGUGAGUAUGCCACUUCUUACUGGCAAUUAUUUGAGAGGAAUGUGUCAAUUAUGCCAAAAUGUUGAGCUUUUGUUCAUAGACGAAAUUUCUAUGGUACUCUAUGAGAUGCUUUGUAUGAUCGACUCUCGUUUGCGACAGCUGAAAAUUCCAGACGUUUGUUUUGGAGGCAUAAAUGUGAUACUCUUUGGUGAUCUGAUGCAGUUAUCACCUGUUCGAGGACAUCAAGUUUUUAAACAACCAGAACGCAUGAACCAGAACUACACAUUUGUGGAGACAGUUUCGUCUGGUUGA